GGCAGCGGCGGGCGAGCGAGGAGAUAAAUGGGAGGGAGCGGCACGGCGAGCGCCACAGGCAGCGAGCGGCGGCUCGGCGGCGGGCGGUGCCCGAGGCACAGCGGCAGAGGGGCGGCGGCGGCGGCCCCCUAGCCGCCCGGGGCCGAGCGGGCUGCGGCUGGGCUGGGCGCGGAGCGCGCCGCGCUGGUGGCUCGGGGCCGGCCGGCCGGCCGGCGGGGGGAGCGGGAUGGGCUGCGCGCCCAGCAUCCACGUCUCGCAGAGCGGCGUGAUCUACUGCCGGGACUCGGACGAGUCCACCUCCCCCCACCAGACCGCCGCCCUCUCGCAGGGCACCGCCGCCACCCUGCACGGCCUCUUCGUCAGGACCGACGCGGCCGACUCCAUCCCCUCGGUGCUCGCCUACCAGAGCCGCCAGCCGCCGCCCGGCCCCGGCCCGCGCCGCCAGCAGCGCAGGGAGCCCGCCACCCCCGCGGCCGCCGGCCGGGCUGGGGCGCGCCGCUGCUGCAGCAGCACCGAGGCGGAGACCCAGACCAGCCACGCCAGUGUCAAGCAGGCUUCGACUACAGAGGUGCAAAUUGGGCCCAUGAGACUGACACAAGACCCGGUUCAGGUUUUGCUGAUCUUUGCAAAAGAAGACAACCAAAGUGAUGGGUUCUGGUGGGCUUGUGAUAGAGCUGGAUACAGGUGCAAUUUUGCCAGAACACCAGAGUCAGCGCUUGAAUGCUUUCUUGAUAAGCACCAUGAAAUAAUUGUCAUAGAUCACAGGCACUCCAGACACUUUGAUGCAGAAGCGAUCUGCAGGUCAAUCCGUGCUACAAAGCCAUCAGAACACACUGUGAUACUUGCUGUUGUUCCCCGCAUAUCUGCUGACCAAGAAGAGACCUCUGUUCUUCCCCUUCUCCAUGCAGGCUUUGAUAGGAGAUUUAUGGAGAAUAGCAACAUAAUUGCCUGUUACAAUGAAUUGAUUCAAAUAGAACAUGGGGAGGUGCGGUCACAGUUCAAACUACGGGCUUGUAAUUCAGUGUUUACAGCUCUAGACCAUUGUCAUGAAGCUAUAGAAAUAACCAGUGAAGAACAUGUUAUUCAGUAUGUUAACCCAGCCUUUGAACGGAUGAUGGGCUAUCACAAAGGAGAGCUUAUGGGAAAGGAGCUUACUGAGCUACCAAAAAGUGAUAAAAACCGUGCAGACCUUUUAGACACUAUCAAUAUGUGUAUCAAAAAAGGAAAGGAAUGGCAAGGGGUUUACUAUGCAAGAAGAAAAUCAGGAGACAGUAUCCAACAACAUGUGAGGAUAAUACCGGUGAUUGGUCAGGGAGGGAAAAUCAGACAUUUUGUGUCUAUCAAGAAGCUGUGUUGUACCAAUGAAAACAAUAAACAGCUCUACAAGAUUCAUCGUGAUGAGAAGUAUGCAGGAGACAAUUCACAGGCAGAAUCCCACUCCUUCAGAUGCAAGAACAGGAGGAAAGAAUCAAUUGAUGUCAAAUCAAUAACCUCUCGAAGCAGCGAUGCGCCAAGCUUACAGAAUCGUCGGUAUUCAUCAAUGGCAAGAAUCCACUCAAUGACAAUAGAAGCACCCAUCACAAAGGUUAUUAACAUCAUCAAUACUGCCCAGGAGAACAGCCCUGUCACGGUAGCAGAGGCUUUGGACAGAGUUUUGGAAAUUUUACGGACAACAGAACUUUACUCCCCUCAGCUAGGUACCAAAGAUGAAGAUCCUCACACAAGUAAUCUUGUUGGAGGUCUGAUGACUGAUGGCUUGAGAAGACUGUCAGGAAAUGAGUAUGUAUUUUCUAAGAACAUGAACCAAAGCCAUAGUCACCUUUCAGUGCCAAUUACCAUCAACGAUGUACCACCUUGUAUUGCACAGUUACUUGAUAAUGAAGAAAGCUGGGACUUUAAUAUUUUUGAAUUGGAGGCUGUUACAAAUAAAAGGCCAUUAGUUUAUUUGGGUUUAAAAGUUUUUGCCCGGUUUGGGGUCUGUGAAUUUUUAAGCUGUUCAGAAGCAACACUACGAGCCUGGUUCCAAGUGAUUGAAGCCAACUACCACUCCACCAACUCGUACCACAACUCCACACAUGCAGCAGAUGUUUUACACGCUACUGCGUUCUUUCUCGGAAAGGAGAGAGUUAAGGGAAACCUUGACCAUUUAGAUGAGGUGGCUGCAUUAAUAGCUGCCACAGUUCAUGACGUGGAUCACCCAGGACGGACCAACUCUUUCCUGUGCAAUGCAGGAAGUGAAUUAGCUGUACUUUAUAAUGAUACUGCUGUAUUGGAAAGCCACCAUACAGCAUUGGCAUUCCAGCUCACAGCUAAAGACAACAAAUGCAACAUUUUCAAGAAUAUUGAUAGGAACCAUUAUCGGACAUUGCGCCAGGCUAUUAUUGACAUGGUUUUGGCAACAGAGAUGACAAAGCACUUUGAGCAUGUGAACAAGUUUGUGAACAGCAUCAACAAGCCGAUGGCAUCUGAGGAAAGCAACUCAAAUAGUGAGGGCAGUGACUGUGAAUGUGCACCCAACGUAAAGAAUUUUCCAGAGAACCAGACACUGAUCAAGCGCAUGAUGAUAAAAUGUGCAGAUGUAGCAAAUCCUUGUCGCCCUUUAGAACUGUGUAUUGAAUGGGCUGGGAGGAUCUCAGAGGAAUAUUUUGCACAGACAGAUGAAGAGAAAAGACAGGGUCUACCAGUUGUAAUGCCAGUAUUUGAUCGAAAGACCUGUAGCAUCCCCAAGUCUCAGAUAUCCUUCAUCGAUUAUUUUAUAACAGACAUGUUUGAUGCCUGGGAUGCAUUUGCACAUCUACCUGAUUUGAUGCAACACUUGGCUGUUAACUACAAACACUGGAAAACAUUAGAUGAGUUAAAAUGCAAGAGUCUCAGGCUUCCAGCAGAAAACAACAACUGAAGCAAAGAGAAGAAAACAGGACCUCUUGAUCUACCAGUCACACUGUGAAUCAUUUACUAAAUUAGAUACAAGAGGCAUUGUGUCUCCUUUAAUAUGAACUUAAAAACUCUGCAGCAAGGAGAAAAUAUUUUACUCCUCACUUUUAAAAUGCUCUAAAUUCAACAAAAUUGUUUUUCAUCAAGGUAUGUAACUGGAGAUGAAUAAAUGGUCUUUGGAACUAUCCUUUCAUGGCAGAACAGGUAUUUCUAAAGCUAAUUUGUAAUGUUUGUUUUAGUGCGUUUGUCAAAUCUUGUAACUGGUGCAAUUUUAUUUAGUGACUUAAAUAUACUAUUUACAAAUGGUUCUCCUACAAAAGUGUAAUCUAUUCACCUGUGAAAUGCAAAUAAGUUAAUCGAACACAAAAUAGAGUAAAAACCACCAUAAUUUGGCAUAAAUUUGCCCCUGUUAUGUAAGUUUUCCUCACAAGGAAAACCUUUUAAGAACUUUAUUUCUAAAGAGAAGCUCUAGAGUAGAACAAGUGAGGCUUCAUAAAUAGUUGCAAAACCUACUGCUUUCAGAGGAACACUGCCUAGACUGCCUACAACUUAAACCAUUUGUUAUUAAUCAAAGAUUGAAUAUAAUUUUACCUCUGUCAUAUUGCACAGAUCAAUCUGUUUCUCUCCUUUCCCAUAUAAACUCUUGAUUGUUAUAAUUAAAUCAGUCUAAUUUAAUUACAUUUGUUAUAUAGAGGGGAUUUAUCAUGGUUCAUAUAAUUGGUGCGAUUCACUCUUUCCUCUGCCAUCAUACAGAGGUUACCAGGAGACAUUUUGUCAUAUUUUACAUGUAAGCCAAUACAGCGUGGGAUUGAUCAACAAACUUUUUAAUAAAAUGUUGUUUGUACACAUGGUCACUAAGAUUUUAUUAAAUCUAAAUUUUAUGGACACAAGGCCAUAUGUUGUAGGGUGUGUGUGUGUGUGUUUGUGUAUGUGUGUGUAUAUAUAUAUAUAUAUAUACACACAUAAUGAGUAUGGACCUGUAGCUUUUUAAGAGUUUUCAGGUUAUAAAUUAUAACAGCAUUAUAACUUAUGCUUUUUUCCCCUCUAAUCCCCAGAAUAUGCUGUUUUAUUAGAUGAUGUAAAAAGUAUUUCAAAAGCUGUAAAUAAGUUAGAAACUGAACAUAGUAUUUUCAUUAGUUUUAAAAUAUGAAAUUUAUGGUAACGCUUCCAAAGCACAAAUGCAUAUUUUUAUACACCUCAUUUUAAUCACGACUUUGUGCAAACCCUGAGUUCAGAUUUUAGACUUUGUUUAAUACUAGCAAAACAGCUAACAGCAAUUACUGAUUUUUAACACUGUGCACUCCAAGCUGCAGUCAAGAGUUGCGAGCUGUGACUUUGUAGAAAGAGGUAACGCGUUGCUCAUAGAAAAUAGAGGACUUGGGACAAGCUCUAUACCUCUGUUUUGUGCUGUAUCAAGUAGUAAACCAGGUAAAAAGAAAACAGACAUACUGCUGUGGAGGAAAAAUGACAAUGAUUGUAGUUUACUGCAGGAAGCUUACAUAAUGUGCCAACAUUUUUUCUAUGUUUUGUACCAAGUUAUGUAAACAAAUGGAAACCGUACAAUUUCCAUGCAGAGAAAUGUAUAUAAGCUAUAUUUUUGUUAGAAUUGUAAUCGAACCUUACUUUUGUCAUAGCUGAGGCAGUUUGCUGUGUAUUAUAAUGCUGCAUUGUGUAUAUUUGACGAAUGGUGUUUUUGGUGAACUGUCUAUAUUCAUUAUUCCCAUAAUGUACCACUACACGAAGUUUCAGCUCUGAUUAUAUUUUUUUCCAAUGGAUUUUUAUUCAAAUAAGUUGACUUCUAUGUUUUAUACUGUAAAAUGUUUGUUCUUCUCAUUCUUUCAUUUACAAGCAAGUGUUCUGGUUAUAUCUUGAACCAAUUAUAUGCUGACAGACUUGA